UGUCACUAACGUCAAUGUCAGUCGCAACUCAGCUGAUUCAUUCAUAAAUUGUAAUUUGAAGAAUAAGAAAUAUUAGUUUUUUUCGAUUUCUUGUAAAACUAUUACUGUUUGUUAUUCAAGUUCUAUAAAAAAUGUCUGGUAAUGUGGAAUUGUUCACAACUCGAAUGAGAAAAGCUACUCGCAAAAUACAUUCAGUAAGCGAUGCUAUGGUAAAUGCGAAAUUCGCAAUAUCUCUGAGAGAUGAAAAGGUAUGGGGAGGAGGUCUAUUUGUUUUCUACCAUAUAUUUGCUUACUUGGAAGAUGCCACAGAAAGGUUGGAUAGGGAUGAUUUGAAAAAGUUGUUCGUACAUCAAAUCCUUUAUAGAAAAAGCGCGUUUGAAGAAGAUCUUACCCACUAUCUGGGUGAUGAUUGGCGUUCCUUACCAAAAUCAAUGGCGCUGGAGAACUAUCUGGAACAUUUGCAAGAUUUAGAAAAAGAUAAUCCAAAACUUCUGAUGGCUUAUAUAUAUCACUUGUAUCUGGGUUUGUUAAGUGGUGGACAAAUAUUGGCCAAGAAACGGCAGGUGUUUGGGGAGAAAAACCAGCAAAUCAACACAUACACGGAUAAAGUGACGCACUUUAGUGAAGCAGACAUCGGACAGUUGAAAAAAGAUUUCCGUGACGUCAUGAAUGAUAUCGCAGAGAAAAUGACAGAGAAAGAAAGAGAAGAGAUGAUUGAAGAAAGCAAUCAAGUGUUUGUAAUGAAUAAUUUGAUAGUUAACUCUGUGGGUGGUCAGAAUAAGGUACUAUGUAAUCUAAUUUAUAAGGCUUCUGCAGUUGUAUUAGUUAUUGCAGGAAUCGUAUGGACAUAUAAGAUGCAUAAGUAAAUGCCUCAAAAUGUAUAUCGCACUCUUAAUAAAAUAAUCACCUAUGCCAAUAUUGUUAAUUUGUUUGAAUCAUAUCAAAAAACUAAUUUCUGUUUGCGACCUUCCUUUUUUCCUUUUUUUUGCAUGCUACAGGUUUCAUUUUUGACCUCUCUUUAAUAAGUUAAAUUUUCUAGCUGCUGCUGGCAAACAGAAAUUCGUUUUUUGACGAUUCCCACAAAUUAUCAAUUUCGGAAUAAAUCAUUAUUUUAUUAAGAUUGCUAUAUGUUAUGUAUGUAUACCAAAUUGUAGUCAUAUAGCUUAAUAUUGUGUUGAAUUACUUAGCAUUUAGAUUCAUAGUACUUUUGUCCAUGAUUUUUUUGGAUCAGAUGAAUUUUAUAGAUCUGGAAGGAAUACAUCAGAGUCCAGAGUAAAGAUAGUGAUAACAUUUUUUUAUUGUUCAAUGCACAUGUUAUUAUUGAAUCAUAUUAUAAGUUGUAUCCUUUUAUGAGUUAUUAUUGUUUACUUGACAUAUUUAAACUGUAUUUUAAAGGACAUGGUAAUGACCACAAAUGGCCAUAUCAAUAUUAGGGUACCCUAAUAAAGUAGUGUUGAUGGACAUAAUGUAUUGAAGUAAUUUUAUGUCACAAGCAUUAGUAUACAGAAUACAAAUGUAUUAUUUAUAUAUUGUAUAUUUUGUUUAAUAAAGACUGAUUUAACUGGGUUAA